CUGCUGCACGUUUCCCCUUGCCCAGUCGUGAGUGUCAUGGCGGAAGAGUGAGUCUUGCGAAGGAUAAGUAAGACGAGCUUUAUUGUGUGACUAUUUCUGACGUGAUCGCGGUACAAGAGGAAGCGACUUUCAAGAUGAACAUGAUGCAGACGACCAGGCGAGCCGCACGGAACGUCACUACGGGAUUUAUUGGCACUUGCAUGUUCCCUCAAAAUGGAGUCUUGGAGGGCUCCGUGCUCUACGGCUCAGGAGCGUCGUCGUCGCCGCAGCUCAAUACAGCCGCGGCCUUCGACAAUCGCAACGGUAACAUAGACCCCGGCGGCGCUGCCAAGCAUCGAACCAGCGCCCUGGAAGUGAGCUCCAUGGGCGGUUUCGCCACCAAGAACCACCGCGCCGACAGCGACGACAUCGACGACUCUUUGCCGUGUACGCCCGAGCUACAGAGCCACGACGACGUGCACGCUGGAGACGACGUCCUGGACGCGGACACAAGGGAACUCAUUAGCCGCUUCCUAAGUGACUAUACAGGCACAACGACGAGUUCCUGGACCCAAAGCAAAGCCCAGUCUACCAUGAAAAGGGUCGUGAGCAACGUGUUGGAGAAGCACAGAUAUAAAUACAACGGUAUCAUCAACACACUUUCUCUGGACAACCACGGGGAUGACAUGGACUUUGUCAGUGCAGUGGCCAAAAGCCUUUUCUCAGAUGGGACCACCAACUGGGGCCGAAUCGCCAGCCUGGUGGCCUUCGGGGCGGCGGUGUCUCAGCACCUGAAGGAGAAGGACAGGGGACACUGUGUGGAGCUGGUGGCCCAGGAGAUCUCCUCAUAUCUUCUGAUGCACCAGCGAAACUGGCUUGUGAAAAACAACUCUUGGGAUGGCUUUGUUGAGUUCUUUCGGGAAGCAGAUCCAGAGGCCACAAUGAGGAACACGCUCAUGGCCUUUGCAGGAUUCGCCAGCAUUGGGGCGACACUGGCCCUGUUGAUCAGUUUAUUUUACAAGCUGAUGACAUUUCCCCCGCUGGCGUACCGUACGACGUUGAAGCAGCACGGCGACGUUUGAUGAAGCUCAUUUCCAUAAGUCUCAUUCCUGACCGCCGGGGCUAUCCAGCUUUGCGAGCGGAACGAGGCACAAUUUGCAUCCAAUGCAGCGCAACGCUUCCUCUGAGUCGGCUCGGCACUGGGAAGCGAUGCCUGCUUGCAGAACUUUGGGAAGAACUGAAGCCUGGACGCUUCCAGUCACCCGCAAGAACCGCUCCAAGGAUGGAGACGGGGACGGGGCGCGUAAAAGUGUGAAGAUGAUGGACUUCAGCCUGGGCUGGCACUCGUCCAGUUGUGAACUACGAAGAUAAUGUAGAAAUUAUUAGUAAAUAAACAAUUGAAUAUUA